ACCGUUAAGGUUUGUCUCUUUUCGAAGGCGUUUUCUUGAUCCCCAAUCGAUCAUCAUUUUCAUCUCAUCCUCAUCCUCAUCAUCUUCACUUUCAGCAUUAAACAUUUGAUAGUUUCGUUGGUCGAGUAAAAACUCAAACGAUUUUGAUUGUUAAUUACAUUUGGUGAUCAACAAGUGAACGUCCAUUUGUUUGCCUGUUAACUUACAAUCUAAUUCUGUGUCUUUUUGUUUAAUAUCAACAACUGAUUAGUUUUUAUGCCAUCGCCAUGAUGAUUUAUUCCAAUCAAAUCGGAUUAGAAUACAUUAAGGUCCUAUUAAUUGUGUCGACAAUUAAUUUGAUCGGUUCCAUUGGUUCAAUUCAAUCGUCUCUUGAGGUUGAACUGAUGCCUGGAGUGACAAGUCCGAUCGGAGGUAAACCGACCAGGGGAUUGGAAAACCAAGUUUCCUAUGAAAAUGGAGGCAAAAACGAUGAAGCAUUUCUCAAGCUUCUAGAAGAGGGGUUUAAUGUUUACGAGAAAUUAAAGAUUCCUGGACUAGCGGAAGCGGAUGAUCUCUUGUAUGAUUAUUCAGAGAAAGAAAAAGGAUCUCGAAUAUUUUUCCCUGAUUUUCCUGAUAUUCCGGAAAUACCAAUGACUAAGAAUGAAACGAAUGAUGAAAAGGCUAAGCAAUUGAAAGAAGACGAUGAAGAAAGUGAUCUUGGAGAUGAAGGAGAAGAUGACGAAACUGAAGAUGAUGAUGGAGAUGAUGAAGAAAAAAAAGAUGAAGGUGAGCAUGGUAAAAGUCGCAGCACUACGAUAGGUAAUGGGAGAGAUAUUCAUGGUAAAAGUGACAAAGGAACAGCGGUCAAGUUGCCAGUUGAUCCCGAUGCCGCUAAAAUGCUGGAUAAAGAGACUCCGUUCAUCUCCCAUAGGAUAAAUGUCUCGGCUGAAAAAGUUCCCAAGAUCAUGAACGUUGAAACGGUCAAUUCCAAAAAGAACGCCGGAAACCUAAACCGUAAUUACAAUUCGAUUGGGAAUAAAGCUGAACUCAGAGAUCCUAAGAUAGUUUUACUUUCUUGGGGUAGAAAUCAAGGAAAACCUAAAUCACUUCGACCCUUAAGCAAAGAUGAACUGCGACAAGCGAUGUACCAACAUGAGCAACAAGAUAAAAUUCGCAACAAUCGACAGAAAUACAAUGAAAUUUAUAACGAAAGACGCAAACCACAAGAGCCUGGCCAUCAAUGGAAACCACCUUCGAGCUCUCCUCCUCCAUGGACAGUCUCAAAUCAUAAGAAUCUAAAAGAUGGUUGGCACAGUGGACAACCGAAUGUUGGUCAAUACAACGACCAAUCCUCGAAACACCAACAGCAACAACACAAACCUCGAGGAGUUGUGAUGGACAAUAGCAAGAGUUUCAACUCUUUACUUGGAAACGAUGAUAAUGAUUAUCAUCGAAUUGUUGUUCCAUCCUCUCCAAACGAAAUUAAUGACCAGCCUUCUUCUUCUUUACCAAUUAAACAAUCAAAUAUAAAGAGUAAUGAUAAAGACUUUUUCGAAGAGCACAUAUUAGCAUUAAGAUCACGUCGACAUCGAGGUAAACGACAGGUCAUUGGAACUUCUUCUCAUCCAUCUGGCCAAUACUUGACCCAAGCAUCUCCUAGCCCCUUAGGACUAGCUGGACUUUACGAAGGUCCAAUGGUUAUGCCAUUGAGUCCGAAUGUAAAUGUUUUCGAUGAGCUCUAUCGUCGUUUAUUGCUACAACAAUUAGUGUCUGAUGAAGGUCAACCUUUGGCCUUUGUUGAAGAAAACAGUUACUUCAUUCCCGAAGGUAUUUCAUCUCCAUCCCUUUCUCCACCGACCUCGUCUCUACAUGAGCACUUAUCAUCUCGGCCUUAUCAUCCUUCAUCUUCUUCACCUUCUACUUCAGCAGCUACUUCGAUUUCAUCUUCACGACCUUUGAAGGCUCCUGGUUAUUGUGUUCAUGGUUAUCCAGGUCAACCAUAUUCCUGUCGAAAUUCAUUUAAUCGUUAUGUCUCUCCAAUAGUUCAUAAGCCAGGAGUUGAUGAACCAAAAAGACUUCGUGAUAUUUACUUAAAUUAUCUCGAUUCUUCAGUAAAUCAUCAACAACAUCCAACUGGCCAUCAUUCUCACUCUCAUCCUUUUCAUCAUUAUUAUCAUCAUUCUCAUCAAGCUCUUCAUCCAUCCUCAUCUCAAUUUCUCUCUUCAAAUAAACCUUUAAACAAUCAUCAUUAUCAUCAUUCAUCUGAUUUCGAUCAUGCAAUGAGUUUAAUUCCUGAUGAAGCAGUUACUUUUUUCCAACCUUACAGUUCGUUCACUUUACAACCUCAUCCUAAAUCAUUCGAGACUUUAGAUCCAAUUAGCCUGACCCAAUAUCGCGAUUUGGUUAACAAUCUUCACAAUCAAGUGGGUCUUGGUAAUCCAUCAAUUAUGUCCACAGAUAUCGACCUGCCUUCAACACUCCAUUCCAAAAUGAUCUCACAAUUCAAUCCCGUUGCUGCUCGUGUGGCUUCAUCCAAUUCCGCCUCUAAAUUUGGCCAUUUAUCUUUCCGUCCAAAUUCAAAAUCGUCAUCAACCUUUUCACCCUCAGAUUCAGUUGGAUCCUUACAAGAAAAACUCUCAACCCUAAUGAUGUCUCAUGGAAAAAAUAAAAAGAUCAGCAAUUUAUUUGGAAAGAAAAAGUUAUUUGGAAGUAAAAUCGAUUCGAGGCUCAUUCAAUUAAUGAAUAAAUUGUCAGAGGAAAGGUCAAAAAAAUCUCGUGAAAUAGAACAUUCAACAGGAAAGAUCAUCAGACGAAGUUCUGGACAUUUCGAUCACAAUUCGAACAAUCAAUUCAACGAUAAACACAAUUAUCCAUUUCCAUCAACAUCAGAAAAAUCAACACUAAACUUAACAUCAAUUCUUACAUCAGAAUCAAAUCAAUCAAUGGUAAUUGAUCAACCUGAAGUGAAAGGUGAUCAGAGGUUGAUUAACAUUAACAGCACUCUGGAGACAUGAACUAAUCAGACACCAGAACAAAUGAAUUAAUUAUCCAUCGACAAGACCAUCGCCAUUUUGCCAAUUAACUAAUCAAUAAGAAAUCAACGAAUCAUUGCUACUUUUUUUACUAUUAAUUAAUUAUUAACCAAUUGAUUGUUAUAAUACUCGAUUCACUUAAUUAAUAAACAUGAAAACCUUUUUCAUCUUGUAAA